AUGAAUUCCUGUCAAGCUGAUAUCUCACUAUUCAACCCGAAACACAAAUCUGAUCAAGAUACUCAAUAAAGUCAAAAUCGAGACUCUUAACUCAUCUUUCUCCAACUUAAAAUGAUAGUAAAUUUAAUUUGCUAAACAAAUCUUGAUAAAAAAUUUAAAAAAGCGGGAACUAAUAAAUAUAGACCUAAAUAUAGCUGUAGAUGA